CAUACUCUCUCUCUCUCCCUACUUAACUCUGGCCCAGGGCGGCCAGGACAAGACAGAAGGCAGGGAGUAUGAGCCAGUCACCCCCCAACGCCAUACAGCUCCAGUCUUCGGGUUCCCAGAGCACCCUGGCUCCCCUGCCACGGCCACCUGAUGUCCAAAAUCCCCCCUCUCAUUCUUGGGCCUCUCUGUGCGGGCCUCCUCCCUGGGGCCUCAGCUGUCUUCUGGCUCUGCAGCAUAUCUUGGUGUUGGCUUCUCUACUCUGCACCUCCCACCUGCUCUUGCUUCAAAGUCUCCCAGCAGGAGGACUCUCUUUCUCCUCUGCCCAGCUCCUGGCUUCCAGCCUCUUUGCAUGUGGUGUGUCUACCUCCCUGCAAACUUGGAUGGGCAGCAGGCUGCCUCUUGUCCAGGCUCCAUCCUUACAGUUUCUUAUCCCCGCCCUGGUGCUGACCAGUCAGAAGUUACCUCUGGCUCUCCAGACACCUGGAAACUGUGAGCAUAGAGCAAAGGCACAGGCCUCCCUUGUGCUGCGCCUCUGUGGGGGGCCUGGCUGCCAUGGCUUGGAGCUCUGGAACACUUCUAUCCGAGAGGUGUCCGGGGCGGUGGUGAUCUCUGGGCUGCUGCAGGCCACUCUGGGGCUGUUGGGGGGUCCUGGCCACUUGUUCCGCCGCUGUGGGCCCCUAGUGCUGGCCCCCAGCCUAGUUGUGGCAGGGCUCUCUGUCUACAGGGAAGUAGCUCUGCUCUGCUUCACUCACUGGGGCCUGGCAUCGCUGCUGAUUGUGCUCAUGGUGGUCUGUUCUCAGCACCUGGGCUCCUGCCUGCUACCCCCACGUCCCUGGAGGCCAGCUUCAACCUCUUCAACCCAUACUCACAUCCUGGCCUUCAGGUUCCUCUCGGUGCUGAUCCCAGUGGCCUGUGUGUGGAUUGUUUCUGCCCUUCUGGGUCUCAGCAUCAUCCCCGGGGAGUUGUCUGCCCCCACCAAGGCACCGUGGUUUUGGCUGCCUCACCCAGCUGAGUGGGACUGGCCCUUGCUGACACCCAGGGCUCUGGCUGCAGGCGUCUCCAUGGCCUUGGCAGCCUCCACCAGCUCCCUGGGCUGCUAUGCCCUCUGUGGCCAGCUGCUGCAUUUGACUUCUCCACCUCCGCACGCCUGUAGCCGAGGGCUGAGCCUGGAGGGACUGGGCAGUGUGCUGGCUGGGCUGUUGGGAAGCCCCAUGGGCACUGCAUCCAGCUUCCCCAAUGUGGGCACAGUGGGUCUUCUCCAGGCUGGACCUCGGCGAGUGGCCCACUUGGUGGGGCUGUUCUGCGUGGCGCUGGGGCUCUCCCCAAGGCUAGCCCAGCUCCUCACCACCAUCCCGCUGCCUGUGCUUGGUGGGGUGCUGGGGGUGACCCAGGCCAUGGUUCUGUCUACUGGAUUCUCCAGCUUCCACUUGGCUGACAUUGACUCUGGGAGGAAUGUCUUCAUUGUUGGCUUCUCCAUCUUCACGGCCCUGUUGCUGCCGAGGUGGUUUCGGGAAGCUCCAGUCCUACUGAGCACAGGCUGGAGCCCCUUGGAUGUGCUACUGCGCUCACUGCUCACCGAGCCCAUCUUCCUGGCGGGACUCUUGGGCUUCCUCCUAGAGAACACCAUUCCUGGCACACGGCUUGAGCGAGGUCUAGGGCAAGGGCUGCCACCUCCUUUCACUGCCCGAGAGGCUCCGAUGCCUCAGAAGUCUAAGGAGAGGGCAGAUCAAGAGUACGAGCUUCCUUUCUCCAUCCAAAACCUGUGUCCCUGCAUUCCCCAACCUCUCCGUUGCCUCUGCCCACUGCCCCAAGACUCUGGGAAUGAGGAAAGAGGGCCCUCUGAGCCCGGAGAGACAGCUGACUUGCUGCCUGACUUUGGGGACCAGUGCCCUCAGCCUAGCAGAGGAGAGUCCCAGUAAUUACUAGGAUUCCUACUCUGGUUAGUUUAAUCCUACCUCCCAGCUUGCUGGAGAACCAGAUCGCAGGCUCCACUUUCUCCCAGGGAGAGGAUGUACUUGUGUGUCUCACAUGGGCUCCCCAAAAGUCUCACUUCCCAAUAGGUGUGUUUGCCUUUUCCUUUCUUAGUUAGGCCUGUUCCAGAGCAGGGGCUGUGAAUGAAUGAGUGAUAUUUUGCCUGUGAACGAUCUAUACUCAAACCCUAGCAUUCACUUAACUGAUAUUUAUUGAGUAUCUCCUAUGUGUAAGGUCCUGGAAAUACAGAUAUGGAUAAGACAUGGUCCCUCCCCUCUCAAACACUUAUGAUUUAAAAAGACAUGUAAUUACUGGACUUCCCUGGCGGUCCAGUGGUUAAGACUCUGAGUUUCCAAUGCAAGGGGUGUGGAUUCGAUCUCUGGUGGGGGAACUACUAAGAUCCCAUAAGCUUCAUGGUGCAUCAAAACAAUAACAAUAAAAGACAUGUAAUUACUAACUAAAAUCCAAAGUGGAAGUCAGUCUUCAAUAAAGAUUAAAAGAAUGCUAUGG